AGAGGUAAAGCAAUAUCCAUGUCUGCAUGUCUGCCUUCUUAUAAAACAUAAAAAAACAUUGUUGGCGUGACAUUUGAUCUCAGGGCGGAGGUUAAUGCGGGAAAUAGUGAUGAGAAAGCGAGCGAGUGGAAAUAAAAGACAGAAUGAGCAGAGCGUGAGGUUAAUCUAACUCUAACCCGAAACAGUGCUCAUCCCUCUUCAUCCUCCUCCUCAUCAUCAUCAUUGCCAUGGAAACAUUCACUGUACCCUUCAUAUUCUGCUCCGUCCUGACCCUGGUCGGCGGUGGCCCGGUUGCCCCUGUCGACCCAGUCAACGUCACUUUCCCAAGGGUUGCAGGACUCUGUCACUACAUCAGAGACCAAGCCAACCACGAUAUCGGUGAAUUCAUCCCUAAAUGCGACAUAUAUGGGAACUUUCAGCCACAGCAAUGUUGGGCGGCAACCGGGUCCUGCUGGUGCGUCAACAUCCUGACCGGACAGGAAGUUCCCCACACCAGGACGCCACCGGGAACCACACCUGUCAACUGUGGCGGUGAAUUCUACUGCCCUGACGGCUGGUCCUACUUCAGAGGACAGUGUUUAAUCUUCAUCGAUCACGCGGUAAAGUGGGUGGAAGCCGAGACCCACUGUCUGUUCGAAGGCGCCAACCUGGCAUCGGUUCACAGUUAUGAACAGAACCACUUCAUCCAGGCUUUAAUCAGAGGAGAAGGAUUCAUCUUCACCCAAACCUGGAUCGGAGGACACAACGUUAUUAAUCACCAUGUUUGGCUGUGGAGCGACGGAUCCAAAUUCAAUUAUGAAAACUGGAAUAAACAUGAUGACCAGGAACAGAAAAAUAGCUGUCUGAUGAUGAAUUAUGGAUAUGAAUACAAGUGGUUUCCUUAUCCCUGCAAUGAGACUCUGCCUUUUGUUUGCGUCAAGACGACAUCAACCUGACGAUCAAAUCACAACACAUCGGACAAGUUUGUACCCUAAGUCUGGAUGACGUUCCCUGGACAGUAUCGGUUUACCUCUGUGUUUUGUGUAACAUUAUACACACACACUGUAAACUAGUGUCUAUGUCAGAUAUGCAUCAACCCAUUCUCUGUCUAAAUGACCUCCUUUGGAAUUAUAAUCCUCUAUGUAACGUAAUACUGACAAAUAUAUUAAAUAUCCACCUGUGUACAAAUACUCCGUAAACUCUGUAUGUGUACUAUCCACAUAAAGUUCUGCCCUGAAAUUAUAAUUCUUGAGUUUUUUCAU